AUGGUAUCAGAUAAAGUUAUCGACAAACGUGGCGACGUCCUCCUCGAGCUCAUGACGAACGGCAAGCGGGUUGGCUCACUUCUCGUCUCGUCGCAUGUCCUGAGCCUCGCUUCACCAGUCUUUGAAGCCAUGUUCAAUGGCAACUUUGCCGAAGGACAAGUUCUCUCUGCUGCUUUGCCCAAAAGCGUGGCGCUACCUGACGAUGACCCAGACGCCGUGACCUUGUUUUGCAAAAUCACGCACAUGAAGGUCGCGAACGCCACAGAUACGAUAUCAAUCUCCAGAUUGGCUGACUUGGCUAUUCUCUGCGAUAAAUACCAGUGUACGGAGGCGGUCAGUUCUUGGGCACGGGUUGAGAUUGCUCAGAAACUGUCAUAUCCAGACGCACCCGCCUUUGAGAAGUUGCUCUUCAUCACCUAUGUCCUCGACCUGCCUCUAGAAUUCGGACAAAUCCGGUACAAGCAAAUCGGCCUAAUCGACUCUUCCCGACAGAUCCUCUUCUCCGAAAAGUACCAAAGUCUGGUCACCUCGGGGUGCGACCGCGCAGGCGCCGCGCUCAAACACUACCUCGCGAGUCUCAAGGCAUCAGACAUACCCAUGGACAGAGCACUCUCGGUCGCGGAGUACGCCAAGUGUGCUCUCAAUCUGCAGCGACGAGUCGAUACAGCUUCAUGUCUUGAUCACGCGGACUGCGCGGUCAAGAACGCCAAAGGCCUGAAUCAAGAAGUCGCUGCUGCGCUCAUAGCCGCCCACGAAGAUAUCAAGGCUUGCUGUCUGGACUGUAUGCGGAAGAAUAUGUGUGCUUUGCCGGACUUGGUAUGUCGUCUUGGUCAUCCAUCGACGCCAUCGACUGGUUCAUCGCUUGGUGGGAAUCGGCAGUCUUUUUGA